ACAGAAUCGCCCGCACUUACUGGUCAAGUCGUUUAUUGCCAUUUAACAUAUUUAUGAAUAUAACGUUUAUAAUCAUAUAAUGUACACAGAGACGAGACAAUGUUUCUCCGAACAUAGCACCUUACACAAGGAAGUAUCCGAAGAUAACGUGUGGCUGCUUUCAAGAGAUUGAAUCCAAGGAAAGCAUCCGGACUGCUUGGAGUACCUGGCCGAGUACUGAAGGCCUGUGCUGACCUACUGGCUGGUGUAUUCAGGAAUAUCUUGUUAUGUGUGGUGAGAAAACCAUGUGGAGAUGGGGUCCAGAGUUGAACCCCCCUGUGAACUAUGCUGCUAACGAGAGAGAGAGAUAAAGAGGGGGGAGGCAUCCUGUUGCAGAUGGGAGAGAGAGAGACAAGGAUUAAAAUGGAUGAUUUAGUAUUAUUGCUUCUUUGCUAAUUGUUGACUUUAACGCCAAGGACAUUUGGCCUGUUUAUGUGGAUCCCUGCUGACACAGCAGAGUGAUGCCAGGUGCCUGUUGAGACAGGAGGGAGUGGCCAGUUUGAUGGACAUGGAGUUGAUGGAUGGCUGAUACCCCGUCAGGGGAGAUAAAAGACGGGUCUGCUGAGACACCGGGACACACGCCACGAGACACUGCGAGAGUGUUGUGCACCCACAGGAAGGUGGGGGCUUGGAGGACCGAAUCGGGAGAUCGGUCACAAAGCUCACAGUGUGACAGCAGGACCGGUGGGGGCUUGUGUGUGUAUCCACUCACGCCAGAGUGAUGAGUCCACCAUGGAAGAACGGUCUAGCCGAGAACAGAGGGGUUAUAUCCGAAUGACCACAUCAGUACAACAGAACAAGAAGACAACGGAAGGUUUGCCUGCUCACAUCUCGCUCUCUCUCUCUCUCUCCAACGUUACACCAGCAACUACUCCGACCUAAGCUAAACUGAACUGAACUGAACUUUCAUCAUCUCCUAAGACUUUUCAUUUACCCCUAGACUUUGGAAGAGCUUGGUUUUUGAUUCCUUUUACCACACUUCUGUAUCUAUACAUGUGUAUAUGUGUGUGUGUGUGUGUGUGUGUGUGUGUGUGUAUAUAUAUAUUUGCUAACCCGUAAUACAUACAUAUUUGCAUUUUAUUCUUGUACUGUAUUACUUAGUUUGCUAAUAAACUUUAUUAGUUACUAGUAAUUACAGACUCCAACGUGUAUUCCAUUUCUGCUGGAUUGUUAACCCAGUUACGGUGUACGUAACAAAUUAAGGGCUCGUCUGGGAUUUGAUUUCCAAAUUGGGGGCCAGUGAAUUGAUUGGGGUACAUUCCCUUAUCUGCUUUGGCUGUGUAGGAACCCAUAAAGGCAGACAGCAGAAAUGGAGUUUGAGGCUAAUAAGUUAGUGGCGGAUCCAACCCCUGAGGGGCUGGGCGAGGCUAAAAAGGAUGUACUGCUGGGAAUUGCUCGGAAGUUAAAGAUUAAGGUGACCACUCGCAUGAGGAAUGCUCAGGUACAGCUGUUAAUAGCACAUCAUUACAUAGCCGAGGGGAAAUUCGAGGAGGAGGCGUUGGAGUUGUUUGUUGAGGGUGAAACACUUACUGAGGCUGAGGUUCGGCUUCAGGUGGAUAUAAUGAAGUAUGAACAUGAGUUCCAAAUAAAGCAGGUGGAAGAGAAAAGGCAGAGAGAAGAAAGGGAGAAAGGAAGGCAGUUUGAGCUAGAAAGGAUAAGAAUUUUGCAGCUGGGAGGUCCAGUGUUUGACAUUGAUGAUGUAUAUAGCUUGAAAGAGCUGGUUGUAAUUGAUGAAUUUAAGAAGUGUGUUCCCGAUGAUGAAAAGCAUGCUGCUACCUUGAGGGAGUCUGUUGGGUUAGCAGACAAGGUUGUUUUAAACUGCAAGGUUGAGUUUACUCCGGAUAGGAGUUGCCCAGAGAGUAACUGGGAGGAUCAGGGGAACUUGGAUUUUGAAAUUGGGACUGGUAUUGAAAGCCUAGAAGAGGCAGAUGUCCCGUUUGCCUGUGUUCAGGUUUUUGAAGUACCUGUGGAAUCACAGGGUACUAAACCUUGUGUUGAAACUCAGGAGAGGUCUGAGGUGUCUGACUUGGUUAAAAAGGAAUGCAGUGCUUUUGGGUCAGAUGGACUUGGUUCAGUGAGUAAGGGGUUAACCCUGGCACCAGUGGAAAGUGAGGAUUCUCAGUCACUUGUGUUAGAAGGUGUUCUAAAAGUUAGAGAUGAGAUGAAAGCUGGUGACAAUAGUGAGGAAGGGGCUGUGUCUGGUUUUUUUAAGGAAAGAAUUGGUGAAGUUUGAACUGGUUUCACGACCUUUGACCCUGCUUGCAGAACAAUGGUCUGUUGGAAAACUUGUCAGCUUGUUAGAUUCUAUUUUAGAAGUUGAAAGUAAGCAAGGUCAUGGAGCUGUUGGUCAAGAUUACAAUGGGUGGAGAAAAGAUUGUUUUGGUUUUGAGAGGACACCUGUCUGCGUUACUAUGGGGACGAAUUGAAAGUAAAAGUCGAAGAAACAGAUUAAAUGGUUUAUUUGGGAAUUUCCAGAAUGUAAACAUGGUUUUCAUAAGUUUAGUGAUGGUGUUGAGCUUGGUAAACAUUCAAUUGGCACCUAAUCCAGGGUGAAAUUAAGUCAGCGGAACGAGCUAGCUCGUGGCUGGCAACCCACGCACAGUUAGCAGAGACAGGAGUUUAAUUUAUGAAAGUUUGUCAGAGUUACAGCAGGAUUUGGAGAGUAAGGAGGAUGAGAAAGGCUUGUCUUUGUCAAAGGAUGAAUUUAUAGUAGAGAUUCUGAAGUUACUGUGUUAAAGGAGACAGCUCUCACAAAAGAGGAGGUUCGGAGAGGGUCAGCAGGAUAUUACCUGAAAGAUGGGGUAUUGAUGAGGAGGUGGAGACCACCUACUGGGUUUGCAGAUGAGGAUUGGGCGAUUGAACAUUGUGAUGGUCCCGAAAGUUUACAGGGCUGAAAUUUUAAACUUGGCUUAUUAUAUGUCUUUAGGUGGGCACUUUGAAGUGGAAAAGACAGUAAAUGGAAGUGAGAAGGAAUUCUACUGGCCUAAUCUAAGGAAAGAUGUUGUGAACUUGCGCAGGGCUUGUCAUACCUGUCAGGGUGCAGGAAAACCUAAUCAGAUGAUCCUAGCAGUAUCAUUUAGGCCGAUACCUGUCCUCGGUGAACCAUCUUCCAGGGUCAUAGUGUAUUGUGUGGGCCCAUUGCCAAAGACUGCAGCUGGCUAUGAGUAUCUGUUAACCAUCAUGUGUGCUGUGUCUAGGUUCCAUGGAGUGGUGCCCCUCUGGAACAUCAAGGCCCAGACUGUGGUAAAAGCACUUAUCAAAUGUUCUACACUGGUAGGUCUACCUAAAGAAAUCCAGUCUUACUGAGAGAGCAAUGGUCAGACCAGAAUGAAAAUGUGAUUAAGGGUUAUUAUGACUCCUACCCUGCACCAGUGAGCACUGUUAUGACAAUGGAGGAGAUUGUUGUGUCUACUACUGGAGUACCAAUUCAUUUUACUGAACACCCUGUAGUUUUCACAAGACUCAGAAAGUCUGAUGUUUUGGAAAAUAUUGAUGGAAAAAUUCAACAUUUGCAGUCAAAGCAGCAAAAACAACUGAAGAGCUUAAUUGACAAGUAUAAAGGUUUAUUCCCCGAUAUUCUAAGACUGCACAUGUGCAAUGCAUGAUGUCAUUGUAAAUUCAGGCCAGGCUAUUAAGCAGCAUCCCUACAGAGUGACCUUGGAGGAAAGCAAGCUGGUAGAAAAACUGUUUAAAUGAAUGUCUGCAGCCAAUCUCACAGUGAACCUCGCCAAAAGUGAGUUCGGCCAUGCCACGGUCACGUACCUGGGGUAUGUGGUAGGAUGGGGCAGCUGGCCCCUGUGCAGGCGAAAGUACAGGCUAUUUCUGAAGUUCCCGUCCCGACUGAUAAGAGGGCACUGAGAAGGUUUUUGGGAAUGGUAGGGUACUAUUGGAAGUUUUGUAAGAACUUUGCGGAUAUUGACCUCUCUCUUACUAAACUGUUGCAAAAGAGUAAGGAGUUUGUGUGGAGCAAUCCUUGCCAAGAAGCCUUUGAGAGGCUGAAAACUAUACUGUGUCACCACCCUGUGUUAAAAGCUCCUGACUUUUCAAAACCCUUCUCCCUCGCUGCAGAUGCUAGCGACGAAGCUGCAGGGGCAGUGUUGCUGCAGAAAGACAAGGACGAAAUUGAACACCCAGUGCUUAUUUCUCUAGGAAGUUCAAUGUGCAUCAGGGAAAUUAUUCCACUGUAGAAAAAGAAUUACUGUCACUUAUUCUGGCAUUACAGCAUUUUGAGGCUUACAUUUGACCAGCACAGAGUACAUUGAUAGUUUAUACUGAUCACAACCCAUUGGUAUUUUUGACUAACAUGAAGAAUAAAAAUAGAUUAAGUUGAAGUCUGUUGUUACAGGAAUUUGAUAUUAAAAUACAACAUGUAAAGGGGACUGACAAUAUAAUUGCUGAUUGUUUAUCUAGAUGUUAGAUUUGGAAGUAUUUCUGUAUUACUCUAUUAGUUAAUGACUAGUUCUGUAUUAUAUUAGACUCUGUAAUGUACCUUACUAUUGAAUUUUUCCCCCCGGUAAAAAUUCUUUGAAGGGUGGGGGUGUUAUGUGUGAUGAGAAAACCAUGUGGAGAUGGGGUCCAGAGUUGAACCCCCCUGUGAACUAUGCUGCUAACGAGAGAGAGAGAUAAAGGGGGGGAGGGGAGGCAUCCUGUUGCAGAUGGGAGAGAGAGAGACAAGGAUUAAAAUGGAUGAUUUAGUAUUAUUGCUUCUUCGCUAAUUGUUGACUUUAACGCCAAGGACAUUUGGCCUGUUUAUGUGGAUCCCUGCUGACACAGCAGAGUGAUGCCAGGUGCCUGUUGAGACAGGAGGGAGUGGCCAGUUUGAUGGACAUGGAGUUGAUGGAUGGCUGAUACCCCGUCAGGGGAGAUAAAAGACGGGUCUGCUGAGACACCGGGACACACGCCACGAGACACUGCGAGAGUGUUGUGCACCCACAGGAAGGUGGGGGCUUGGAGGACCGAAUCGGGAGAUCGGUCACAAAGCUCACAGUGUGACAGCAGGACCGGUGGGGGCUUGUGUGUGUAUCCACUCACGCCAGAGUGACGAGUCCACCAUGGAAGAACGGUCUAGCCGAGAACAGAGGGGUUAUAUCCGAAUGACCACAUCAGUACAACAGAACAAGAAGACAACGGAAGGUUUGCCUGCUCACAUCUCGCUCUCUCUCUCUCUCCAACGUUACACCAGCAACUACUCCGACCUAAGCUAAACUGAACUGAACUGAACUUUCAUCAUCUCCUAAGACUAUUCAUUUACCCCUAGACUUUGGAAGAGCUUGGUUUUUGAUUCCUUUUACCACACUUCUGUAUCUAUACAUGUGUAUAUGUGUGUGUGUGUGUGUGUGUGUGUGUGUGUGUGUGUGUGUGUGUGUAUAUAUAUAUAUUUGCUAACCCAUAAUACAUACAUAUUUGCAUUUUAUUCUUGUACUGUAUUACUUAGUUUGCUAAUAAACUUUAUUAGUUACUAGUUAUUACAGACUCCAACGUGUAUUCCAUUUCUGCUGGAUUGUUAACCCAGUUACAGGGUACGUAACAAUCUUUAACCUUUUGAUCUGACUGUGUGUGGCAUCCACCUGCUUCAAGCAGGUUUCAAUCAUACCGGUGCCCAAGAAGAGUGUGGUAACCUGUCUAAAUGACUAUCACCCAGUGGCACGUGAAUCUACAGUGAUGAAAUGUUUUGAGAGGCUGCUGUUGAAGCAUAUCAGCUCCUGUCUGAGUGGUGACUUGGAUCCAUUCCAAUUCACCUGCUGAAGCAACAGGUGAAUGGCUCAAUGGCUCUUCACACAACCCCAGAACAUCUGCACAGCAAAGAUGCAUACAUUAAGAUGAUAUGAUCUCCAAUGAUGUGAUCACCUCCUGAUGCAAGUCCUGAGGCACCUGUACCUUCUACCUAAUGGCAGUAGUGAGAAAACAGCAUGGCCUGGGUAGUGAGGAUCUUUGAUGAUGGAUGCAGCUUUUCUACAGCAGUGUUUCAUGUAGAUGUGCUCAAUAGUUGGGAGAGUUUUACCUGUGAUGUAUUGGGCCAAAUCCUCUAUCCUUUAUAGGAUUUGGUCCUCCAA